AUGUAAGAAUUAUAAGUUCUGAUCGAACAAUAAUAGAAAUAAAUUGAGAAAUAAUCAUAAUAAUAAACUACCUUUUCUUCAACUCAGAGGAUAAAUGAUUUAGAUAGAGAAUUAUAGGAAAAGUCAAAUAUCAUUGAAGAAAUAACAUAUAGGAAAAACUUCUUAGAAUCAUAAUAAUAGAAUAAUGUUAGAGAGAUGAAUGAUCUUAGACAAAAGAUUACACAGUACUAAUUAAUCAAUGAAUAGCUAAAUGAAUAAAUUGAUUAAUUGAUAAAUGAUUAAGAAUAGGUGAAGUUAGAACAUGAAUAGAAGAUGAUAGACUAUCAAAAUAGUGUAAGAAGAUAGAUAUCAACAUUUCAUAAUAAUUCAGUUGAUCUGCUGGAUUAAGUGGACCAAUUGAACAAACAAAACCAAGAGAAUAAAUAAUAAAUACUUAAAUUGAGUUAACAAUUAAGAGAACGAGAAUAUGAGAUCUAGAGACAAUAGUAAGACUUUUUACAAUAAUAAAACUAUUAUUAAGAAUUAUAGGUCGCUAUAGUGAAUGAAAACAAUUAACUUAAAAGUUAGUUGCAUUAAAUGGAGAUUGAAUUACAGAAUGUAAAAUUCAAGGACAAUCAAUCAGUUACGAAUUUGACAGCCUCUUAAGAAUUGAAAUUUAAACACUUGUAUGAAGCAAUACAGGAAAAAGAAAAUAAAACAAAUUAAAUGAAUAAAGAGUUACAACAUCAAUUAGUGUUGUAUGAUAAAUAAGCAAAGACUUUGUAAAAUAGGAUUACUCAUUUGGAAGAUGAGAUUAAAUAAUAGCAAGAAAAAGAAUCUAUAAACUAUGAAUCUACUGUUACUUUUCAUUAGCCAGAAGAAGUUUAACAAUUGCAUGGAUAAAAUAUUAAAUUGACUAGUUAAGUUUAAAUGUUUUCAUCAUAGCAUUUUCUAUUAGAAAAAUAACUCAAUGAAUAUGAUGAAAAGGUCAAAUAUUUAUAAUUUAGGCAAGAGAAUGAAAUUAAGAAAUUAACAGAGGAGCAUAAUUAAAGACAAUAAUAAUUGAGUGAUUAACUAAACAUGUCAAAAAAGGACAUAAAAGAUUUAUAGAAUAAACUAGGUCUAUUAACUUAAUAAUAUUAAGAUUAAAAUGUUUAAAAUGAAAAACUUUAAAAAUAAAAUUAAUAAUUAUCAUAAUAAAUACUUAAUUAAUAAAAGGAUAUUAAUACCUACAAUUAACAAGCAAAUGAAAAGUUAGAAUCAGCCAAUCAAUUGAAUUAAUAAUUAUUAAAAUAGAUUAGCCAAUUGAAUAUCAUCAGACAAUAAGAUUAAGAUGAAAUAAGAAAAUUAUCAACUUAGAUUAAAUAAUUAUAAGAUUAAUAAGGAAAUUAUUAAAAUUAAAUCAGAUUGUUGUAGAAUUAACUUAAUGAUAUAAAUUAGGAUUCAACACUAGAGUAAAAUGAAAUAGCUGAUUUAAAAAAGACUAUCAACUAAUUGAUUAAUGAAAAUGAGAUAUUAAAGAGUGAUGGAUAGAAUUUUAAAUUUGAUCAAUCUAAUUAAUUAAGAUAAUAAAUCAGAUAAUUAACUUAAUAAAAUGAAAUUUAAAAGUAAGAAAUAAUAAUAUUAAAAUAAUAAAUAACUUCAGAAUAAAACACUAAUUAGAAUGAAAUAUAAAACUAUAGAAGACAAAUAGAAAAGCUUUAAAAUCAACUAAAACAAGGAAGAAAUGAAAUUUCUAAUCCUUCUAAUAAGCAAAUGGAUUAAAUCACAUUAUUAUAAACAAACCUACAAUAAGUGCAGAAAAGUUUAAGAGACUAAGAAGAAUAAAACAGAAAUCUGCAAAGAUAACUUAAUAUAUUAUAAAAUAAUGAAUAUCAGUAAAAGUAAAAGUAGAAGAAGAGAGCUCUAAAAGAUAAAAUUAUAGAGCUCUAAUAGUAACUAUCAAAUUCUUAAAAAGAUUAUAGUCUAAGUGAAAAGGGUCAAUCAGGCAAUUUGGUUAAAUUCUACGAUAAGGAAAUUGAAGAAAAAUAGAGAUUAAUAAAUUCAUUGGAAGAAUAAUUUAAAAUUUUAUAAAAGGGCUAUGAAGAUUAAGAUCAAGAAAUUAAGUUAUUAGAGGAAGAGAAUAGCAAAUUGAAAUAUUAAUCAGAUAACUACUAAAAUGAAUUAGCAAUCUUAAGAAUAAAUCAGAAUUUAUCAUUAAAUCCAAAUAUCACAAUUAACAAUCUCAAUAUUCAAUAGGAAAACAAAAUACUUGAAUUAAAAAUCUAAAAACUUACUACGCAAUUAGAUGAGUUGAAUUUAAAAUUAUAAGAUUCAGAAAAUGAUUUAGCGGAUAUGAUAGAAAACUAUAAGCAAGAAUAAUAAAAAAAUAAACAAUUAGAAUUAAAUCUUAGAAACUCAAAAUUGCCAUCAAAGGAUAUAGAAAAUUAAUAUCGAUAAAUGAUUUUGAAAGAAUUUCCUAUUUAUGGUGAUUAAACAUUGGAAUAAAUGAUUAAUCUAUUGAUUCUUAAUGCAAUUCCCAAUCGAUCAUCUUAAAGAAGUCAAUAAUUUGUUGAACUUUAAUAAUAAAAUUAAGAGAUGUUAGAAGAAAUUCAAGUCUUAGUGGAAAAAAUAAAAUCAUAGGAUAUUGAAUAUAAUCAACUUUAGGAACAACUUUAAUAGUCAGGCAAGUAGAAUUCUGUUCGUAGUGCUAAUCACAGUUAUGGAAUGAGCAAUGAUUUUGAGAAAGAUAAGAAAAUUAUAGAAUUGGAAAACAAAUUAGCUCUAUUAGCCAGUGAAAAUUCUAGAUUAAAUCAUAUAAAAAAUUAACAGCAUAAAAAGUUACAAUCACAAUAAUUUACUUAAUAAGAUAUACAAAAUUAUUGA